CAGACCUAUAUGGAAGCAGUGAGUCAGUUACAGUGUGGGCAAAACUGAAUUACAGAACAAAAGGCUAGAGAACUCAAAGUGCAGCUAAGACUGGAAGUGUGCAGUCAUGGAGACGGAACCUAAAAAGAUCAGGGAGGGAUAUUUGGUUAAAAAGGGAACCGUGUUUAACUCCUGGAAGGCAAUGUGGGUUGUGCUGUUUGAUGAUGGGAUUGAAUUCUACAAGAAGAAAACAGACAGCAGUCCCAAAGGAAUGAUCCCGCUGAAAGGGGGGUCCAUCUCUAGUCUAUGCCAAGACUUUGGAAAAAGAAUGUUUGUUAUUAAACUCAGCACAGGAAAGAAACAAGAUCACUUUUUUCAGGCUGCUUUUCUAGAAGAGAGGGAUGCCUGGAUUAAAGACAUCAAGAGAGCAAUCACAUGCCUUGAAGCGGGACACAAAUUUGCAAGAAAAUCAACUCGGAAAUCAAUAAGAUUGUCAGAAACUGUCGAUUUAGGUGCUCUUUAUAUCGCCAUGAAGAACCAAGAAUCUGGAGUGAAAGAACUGAAACUGGAGAAAGACAAACGAGUCUUCAAUUACUGUUUCACAGGAAGCACUGUCAUUGACUGGCUGAUGGCAAACAACAAGACAAGAAAUCGGCAGGAGGGUCUCAUGCUUGCGACUGCUCUUCUGAAUGAAGGUUAUCUGCAGCCUGCUGGAGACAUUUCCAAAAAGACAGUGGAAAGUGUAUCAGAUGUCACACUCCUUGAUCAACAUGAUGCUCUUUAUUACUUUGCAGACAGUGGCUUUUACUGUGAGGGAUACUCAAGCGAUGAAGAUGUCGUUUGGAAAGAAGAGUUCAGAGGGACGGUUGUGAAACAAGGGUGCCUAUUGAAACAGGGACACCGAAGGAAAAACUGGAAAGUGAGAAAAUGUAUUCUAAGAGAUGAUCCUGCCUACAUGCAUUACUAUGAUCCUACCAAGGGCGAGGAUUAUGCUCUUGGUGCUAUCCACUUGCGUGGCUCUGUGGUGACUGCUGUAGAACACGUACAAGAUGCUAAGAAGUACGACAUAGAAGGCAAUCUCUUUGAAAUCAUCACAUCAGAUGAAACUCACUACUUUCUACAAGCAGCUACGCCUACUGAGCGGAAAGAGUGGAUCCAGGCCAUUCAAACAGUGGCCAAGACUGGAAAAUAGUGUAGGCUAUAUCAAAGUACCAAGCUAUGAAAUUUCAUUUUGAGGAUUUGAUUCAAUCAAAUUUACACAGCAUUAAAAUCUCAGAAACGAAAAGAAAAAACAACUCUUUCAUUCCUCUUGCUUUUUCUAUAUCACAACAUUGUGUUAUCUAGCCAUUAAUGGCUCACUUUAUUAAUCCUUAACUAACAAUCCUUUAUAGAGUGAAAUAUUUACUGUAUCCACUUGGGUUUAUUCAAGAUGAUCCCACUGUUGUGAAACUGCAUUUUAUCAUUUAUUGUCCCAAGCAAUUCAUACCUAGGGAACAUGGCAUGUACACAUCAAACUAUAUUUGUUCUCCCAAGAAAGAAAAAUAUCUUGGAUAGACUUGUACCUGGGUAACAUGUAUAGUGAUGAAUGGUACAAGGAUGGAUAGUUUUAACAGAAACAAGGACUGGCCCAGUCUGUGUUUAUUGUUACUUUCAAAAAGAGCUUAACAAUAUGAAUACAGUCACAGACAAAAGUAUUGGCACCCUUAAUAUCACAUAAUUCAAGAAAACAUGUUAAAUACAAACAUUUAGUGAACAUUAGCCACUAAUACACACUGUCUGGUAGUUUAACAAUCAAUCUUUAUGUAAAAAAAACAAAAAAAACAAAAGCAAUUCAGCAAUUUCAAACAUUUGUUCAUGACAAAAGUCUUGGCACGCCUGCUUUAGUAUUUCGUGUGUCCUUUUGCUUUUAUUAUUAUUAUUAUUAUUAUUAUUAUUAUUAUUAUUAGUUUAUUUAGCAGAUGCCUUUAUCCAAGGUGACUUACAGAGACUAGGGUGUGCGAACUAUGCAUCAGCUGCAAAGUCACUUACAAUUACGUCUCACACGAAAGACGGAGCACAAGGAGGUUCAGUGACUUGCUCAGGGUCUUUAUUACGUUUAUGAUCAUUCUUAACCAGUGUGUUACAUCGUGUCAUUGAAAUCUGGGCCUAUUCCGUCUUGCAUAUUUCCUUCAACUCGGAUUGGAUACACGAUGCUUGGCUACAGAUUUUUUCAGAUCAGUCAAAGCAUUUCUAUUGGAUUGAAAUAUUUUAUUAUUAUUAUUAUUAUUUAUUUCUUAGCAGACACCCUUAUCCAGGGCGACUUACAAUUGUUACAACAUAUCACAUUAUACAUUAUUUACACAGUAUACAGAUAUCACAUUAUUUUUACAUACAAUUACCCAUUUAUACAGCUGGGUUUAUCUUGAUUUUAUCUUCCUUUUCUUCAAGAACUCCAGUUGACAGCCAUAUGCUUUGGGUCGUUGUCGUGUUGGAAGAUAAACUGUCUGCCAAUCAGCCUAUGCGCAGGUGGUAUCAUUGUACUUUGAUACGUGCCUUCAUUCAUUCGAUCUUCAAAUCACAUGAAUGUCUCCAGUCCCUGAACUUAUAAAACCCCCAAGGGCUUUCCCUUUUUUCUUUUCUAAACAUACUAUGGUCCAUUUUUGGGGGAAAAGUUAUAUUUUAGAUUAUUUUGUUGAACAAUGCUUCAGAUUCCUGCUCAUAUUGCAUUGCUUAUUUAAAAGUUUUUUCCCCCCCUUUAAAAGUGGUUUGCAGUGACGUCUAUGUGCAUACAACUCUUCUGCGUUCUCUGUCCUUUGUACAAUUCUUUCAUGCACUAUUAUGCCCGAUGCUUCUCAAUCUUUAUUUAAGUCUUUGGCUUUUGAUCUUGGCUUUUUUUCAGCUGCUCGGAUGAUUCUCCUACCUGCUAAGUAAGUUUCUUUGGGAGACUAUUUCUUUCAAGCAUUUUAGUAUUUAUGUUGGAAGUCUUUUGACGUUAUAAUGCAGCUUACUGUGUAAUGGUUUUCAAUCAAUUAAUCUUUUUAAAUUAGUUAUAUUACAUUUCUACAUACUUUUAAUGUAAAGGUGCCAAUACUUUUGUCAUGAACAAAUGUUUGAAAUUGCUGAAGAGCUUUUUUUUUAUUUUUUUUUUAUAAAGAUUCUUUGUUAAACUACCAGAAAUUGUGUAUUUUGGUCUUUAGCAUAUUAAUUCAUGGCUAAUGUUCACUAAAUACUUGUUCACUAAAUGCUUGUCGGAUGCCAAUACUUUUGUCUGCGACUGUACAUGCAUUAUUUUAUUUUGUGUUGUAUGCAGACCUCUGUAUUAGUUUGUAAUUGAAAAUAUUUACAUUUUUAACCCAG